AAACGAAGUAGCAAGACUUCCGGUCAGCUCAGGACCUCUUCUUUAUUAUCAGGACUUAUCAGGUUUAUUAUUUAUUAAAUAUGAUUCCAGUGCAGCUGAUCUCAGCUUUGAUAGUGGCGUGUGGUUGCAGCGCGCUCGCGGACGCAAUGCAAGCAAACUUCAGUCUGGAUAAUGACAUUCAGUCCAGCUUCCUCCAGCGGCGGCUGAAGAGCCAGGAGCGCAGGGAGAUCCAGCGGGAGAUCCUCUCCAUCCUCGGGCUGCCGCACCGGCCCCGUCCGGUCCUGCAGGAGAGGCACACCGCGGCUCCCAUGUUCAUGCUUGAUCUGUAUAAUAACGCCAUCCUGGAGGACUCUUACAAACCUGCGUACACCACCCCGGGACCCCCGAUGGUGACCCAGCAGGACAGUCGCCUUCUCAGUGAUGCCGACAUGGUGAUGAGCUUUGUCAAUCUGGUGGAUCUAGAAGAAGACCUCCGUCUCUAUCAUCAGCACCACAGAGAGUUUCGUUUCGACCUGUCCCGCAUACCGCCGGGAGAAACCGUGACCGCGGCGGAGCUCCGCAUCUACAAGGACUUUGUACACGAGCGCUAUGAAAACGAGACUUUCCGUGUCAGUGUGUUCCAGGUGCUCCAACAGCAGCCCAAAAGGGAGCUGUACCUGCUGGACUCGCGAGUGGUAUGGGCAGCAGAAGAGGGAUGGCUGGUAUUUGACCUCACGGUCACCGCUAACCACUGGGUUAUAAACUCAGGUCAGAACUUGGGACUGCAGCUCUCUCUGGAAACCGCAUACGGUGAACGAAUGAACCCGAGGAGAGCAGGUCUGGUGGGAAGCACUGGACCUCGGAAUAAGCAACCAUUUAUGGUGGCGUUUUUGAAAGCAUCAGGAAUCCAUCUCCGUAGUGUUCGCUCAGCAUCAGGAAACAAACAGAGGGGUCACCAGCGCUCUAAAAACCCCAAACCUGGUGUUGCGCCCAGCCAGGUCUCUUUGAAGACAGCUGAGGCCUUAGAGGGUUCCAGUGUAGACCCCAAACAGGGCUGCAAGAAGCACGAACUCUAUGUCAGCUUUAGAGAUCUGGGAUGGCAGGACUGGAUCAUUGCUCCAGAGGGUUAUGCUGCAUACUACUGUGAGGGGGAAUGUGUGUUCCCCUUGAACUCUUAUAUGAAUGCCACAAACCAUGCUAUUGUACAGACACUGGUCCAUUUCAUAAACCCAGAAACAGUCCCAAAGCCCUGCUGUGCUCCUACUCAGUUACAUGGGAUCUCCGUUUUGUACUUUGAUGACAGUUCCAAUGUAAUACUGAAAAAGUACCGCAACAUGGUCGUCAGAGCCUGCGGAUGCCACUAAUUACUACGCAUGCCCUGGGAAAAAAAAUAAGGGAUGCAAAUACUUUUCAAGAGCCCAAAGAGGAAAGAGACUCAUUACUGGAGCAAAACUGGACUCCUUUGUUGAAGGAGUGUACAUCCAAAGCAUACAUUUUCAUUUAAAACUCAAAACUCCUGGAACUGUAUGAGGUUGGCCACAGCUGAGUCAAUGUGUGGAGUUCUGGCUUUCAUUUCUGCACAGAGAGCCAAGUUUGGAAUAUCAAAGAGGACAUACAGAGAGAACGAACUGGCCUUUGGGAUUUAACCAGAUUGAUCAGGAAACAUUGCUUUAUGGAGACUUCUUUACAAAACACACUUGUAUCAUGGCAUGCAUUCACUAAAGUAAUUCCUGGAAAAUUCCUGCCAUGACUUAUCUUGAACUUAACAGAAAGUGUGAGACCACUAGUUUCUAUUGUGAAUUUCCUUAUUUAAUUUAAUUUUUUUUAUCUGUUAACAACUAAGCAUAACAAUGUGAGUUAAAAUGAAUGGUAAUGGGAUUUUUUUUUUUUUUUUUUUUUUUUUUUUAGCAUCUUUUGUGCUUCAAUGGAAGAAUUCAGAAUCUUAAAUAUCUCUUUUCUUCAUUCUGGUUAUUCAAAAUUCUGGUUAUUUCCAGGUUUAAAUUAGACGAUGAAUCACAUAAUUUCCAUGUGGUUGCAGACUGUAGACCCACUGUAUUUUGCACGAGAUGUGAGAUAGAAAUGCAAAUGAGGGGUGUCCGUUACAGUGAGACAAAGCAUUAGUUUUAAUGUCAUUCUUUCAGGACACUCAACAAACCAUUACACAGAUGUUCAGCACUCGAUUAAACAGUACUGCGGAAAUAUGCAACUCAGUUUUGCCUUGGAAUCACUUUGGUUUCGUCACAUACAUGAAAGAACACGUGUUUUCUCUCAGCAGUUCUCAGUUAUUCAGUUCAUAAAAAGCCAUGUGCCUUUAUCUGACCUAUGAAGGGUUUCAGAAGAGUCAAAAUCAGUGUUUACAGCGCAACUGGUAAUUUAUUUUCUGUGACUUUACUCUCUUUUGGUGUCAUUUAAUAAUAGCUGUGUUAUUACCAUGGCAUCUUGUUUUAGCUAAUCAAAGGAGGGUUUAGUGCUAUGCUAAGCUAAUAGGCUAAGCUGUUAUCUUGCUAACUAAAGGUCACUGAAAAAAAAAAAAAAAACAAAGAAAAGGAAUGCUUAAAUUUGACCAUUAAUCAACAAGUGUCAUAAAAAUACAUGAACAAUUAUUUUUAUAAUUAAAACUAAAUAUAGCAAGGAUUUAAGUACUUUUAAUCAGACAACUAAUAAGAGUAAACAUAAACAAUUGGAUGGAAUCCACUAGUCAGCCUAUAAAUUUCAGAUCUUGCACAAGACCAAAUUAUCCUAAAAGCGGGAACAUGUUGAAACACAAAAACACACCCUAUGGCAACAUAUUGAUUAAUUAUGUGUUCAAAUGUUCACACAGAGGAUUUAUGUACAAAUAUGCGUGUACACACACCAUUAGUGAAUGAACCCUUUGUUGUGAGGAGUGUGAAUGUGUGUGGGUCAUCUCAAGGGUCAGUGAUGCAGUAUGUGUCCACCUGCAGUAUCAGAGUCAUCAUUUAGCCCGUCCUCGCCUGUGAAGAGCGGCCAGGCCAGCAGGUGGGCGGUAUCAGGAGAGAGCAUUUGGUUAUGAUCUGAACAUUAGGAAUAAAUCUAAAUGAUAAAAUGAAAUGAAUAAAACUGUCUAAAGAGGAGCAGGUGCGUUCGAUUUUGGCAGACGGAAAUGUGACUCGUGCAGCUGCUCCCAAUAACAUCGAUACAAUACAACAUUGUAGCUGUGCGUUAAAGAGUCGCUGGUGGAAAAGAUGGCCUUCAAAACCAGAUGGUUGGAGAACUGAAAAACGUUAACAGUUUGUUUCUCUAUGUCAUGAAGAAUUUGUAUUUAUUUUUUUAAUUGUAAAAACUGUAAAACCAAAAAUCUCAAAGUGACCCUUUCUCAUUAAAAAAACAAUGCUAAUGCUAAUAUUCUAUCAAAUUAUGUUUUGCAUUGUUUUAUUGGAGGGUUUCUACUUGGACCUGAUCAUUUUAAUGAUUAACUCGCUAGGUAUUAAUUAUUACAUAGAUACCUUGUGCAGAAAUUGGAUAUAAAACAGAAUGCAUUAUGCUAAUAUUUUAAACAGUAGCAUGCUAUGCUAUUGUUACAUGCCUUCAUUAUAUUGCAUGUUUGUUUCAGCAAGUGGGCCCUGCUUAUCUCAUGAAGUUGUAUACAUCUGGGAGGUCUUGUUGCAACAAAGCAGCUGUCAUUAUUGGUGAAUGGGAAUGAUGACAGCUUUAUUCAUCAGAUCUAUGGGUUGCAUACUAUUCUAUAUAUGCUAUAAUGCAGAAAAUAAAAGUAGCUUGGGAACAUAUAUUCUAAACUUAGCCUAUGAUUUGCUAGUUGGAAGCAGGUGGUAUUUGUAUAACAAC